UUCCUCUACUUUACUCUGCUCACUCUCACUCACCCACUCACUCCCUUCCCUUCCAUCACCGGCUCCAUCCCUGCCUCCCUCUGAGAACACGGCGCCCAAGGAAGAUGGUGCGAAGAAGUUGUAGAGGAGCCAAAUGGGUCUCCCUCGUCGUCCUUAUCUUUGCUCUGUUUGCAACCAUCUUGGGAGAAGACGGUUUGAUAUCGAAUGGUGAUUUCGAGACGCCUCCAGCAGGAGGCUUCUCGAGCGAGGGAGUGGCGGACGGCCCCACAUCGAUCCCCAGCUGGAGAUCGAAUGGCACCGUGGAGCUCGUCCAGUCGGGGCAGAGGCAGGGCGGAAUGAUCCUGGUCGUGCCCGAGGGGACACACGCUGUGAGGCUGGGGAACGACGCGGAGAUCAGCCAGGAGCUGACGUUGGAGAAGGGGGCCAUGUACUCCGUCACGUUCAGUGCAGCCCGCACUUGCGCUCAGCUGGAGUCGCUCAACGUGUCGAUUCCGCCAGCAUCCCAUAGCAUAGACCUGCAGACCCUGUAUAACAUCCAGGGUUGGGAUCCCUAUGCCGUGUCCUUCGAGGUAGAGGAUGAUCGGACGAAGCUUGUUUUCAAGAACCCAGGCAUGGAGGAUGACCCCACCUGUGGCCCGAUCAUCGAUGACAUUGCCAUCAAGAAGCUCUUCACUCCCGAUCGGCCUAAAGAUAAUGCUGUGGUCAAUGGUGACUUCGAAGAAGGCCCGUGGAUGUUCCGGAACACCACGCUUGGUGUCCUCCUCCCGACGAACCUCGACGAGGAGAUAUCAUCAUUGCCCGGUUGGAUCGUGGAAUCUAACCGUGCAGUCCGUUACAUUGACUCAUACCACUUCUCUGUCCCUCAGGGCAAACGUGCUGUUGAGCUUCUCUCAGGCAAGGAAGGCAUCAUCUCCCAGAUGGUUGAGACAAAGGCCGACAAAGACUACCAACUGACCUUCUCGCUCGGGCACGCAAACGACAAAUGCAAGCAGCCUCUUGCAGUCAUGGCAUUUGCCGGGGACCAAGCCCAGAACAUCCACUACGCGCCGAACUCGAACUCGACCUUCCAGGGCGCGACUGUGAAUUUCACGGCAAAGGCCGAGAGGACACGGGUUGCUUUCUACAGCGUGUACUACAACACAAGGACCGAUGACAUGAGCUCGCUUUGUGGGCCGGUGGUGGACGAUGUGCGGGUUUGGUUCUCGGCGGCCUGGAGGAAUGCAUAUGGAGGGUUAUUUGGAGUAGGGAUUGGGUUCUGGGCGCUUCUUUUGGUUUUGGUUUAGGUUUUGGUGAAGAAAACACGUGGGGGGGUAAUAUUGCACUUUUUGAAUGGUAGUAUGGGAGUGUUUGGUAAAAACCAAAUGCCACCUGGCGUUUCUUUUCCAUGGAAUGUAAUGUUAGUAGGCCAUGAGACCGCGGUAAAAUCAAGAAUAUAUGACAACUUCCAUCGCACUCCGUCGCGUUUUUCUUAA